AUGGUGCUUACCAAUAAAAAAAUAUAGGCAUUUAAAUUUUCAAGAAUCUAUUUAGUGAUAAUCAUCCACUUUAGGCUGACUAUAAUCUAAGGAAAAUAAGAUAGUCUUUCUAUAAUUGUUGGCACUUAAAUAGAGUCGACUAAUUUCUUAAGUUAAUCAAAUUACAAUAAGAAGUUAAGAUUUAAAUUUUUAGUAAAUUAUUCUCUGAUUUAAAUUUCAACUAUUAGAAUUGCAUAAUAUUGCUUUGAAAAUUGCUAAUAAACAAAAUGGAAUAGAAAAUAGAAUUACAUUAUCAUCUUUAGGGCAAGGAUUUAGUUUAUAAAAGAAAUUUUUUAUUUUUUAUCUUAAAUUAUCUUCUUUUAAUUCUAAUUAUUUUUGAGUAGCAGAAAUUUGUAGAUGCAUCAAAGUAUUAAUCUAAGUUGA